AUUAUUUUAUAAACAGAUAACUAUGAUUUCAGUUUACAGUAUGAUCAUCAAGAUUUCGCGAGUAAAAUUAAAUUUAUCACAUGACUUCUAUCUCUAAAACAUGUCUUCGACUCGAAAGUUGACGCGACUUAAUCCUAAGUUAGGCAAAAAAACAAUAUAUAAACUCAAUAGUUUUCCGCGUACACCAGUUAAUACAACAAAAGAAUUGUUUAGUCGUACUGAACUUGAGUUAGUAGAAUGUUGUAAUUUUAAAGUCGAAACUGCAAGAAAUAUCCAAAAACGAGCUGCCAAAUGGAUCGUACCGGAAUUCGUAUCCGUGUUGGAUAUGAUGACAGAAAAUAAUUCACCAUUUUUGGCAACUUCAUUAAAAGGGUUAGAUGAAGCUUUAAGUGGUGGAAUACCAUUUUCUUCCAUAACUGAACUUGUUGGUCCAACUAGAUCUGGUAAAACACAACUCUGUCUGACACUUUCAAUGUUAACGACAUUACCAGAAACCAUGGGUGGACUUGGAGGAGGAGUGUGUUACAUUGACACCGAGCGAAGUUUUAAUGCGGAUAGAUUAAUAGUCAUAGCUGAGAACCGAUUUCCUCAGUACUUUGGUAAAGAUGAACGAGGUCAAGCCAAUCUUGAUAAAAUGACAUCAUCCAUCCAUAAAAUGGAUAUCACGUCUUCAAAGGAAUUAACAAAAAGAUUGGAUGAGCUUCAAGAAUUCAUAAUUGAAAAUGAUGUUAAAUUAUUAAUAGUAGAUUCGAUUGGAUCUCUUGUUAGAAAAGAAUAUCAGAAUCCUGUAAAGAAAUGUGGUUGGGGAGGACCUUUAAUGGAAAGAAACGAUAUAUUACUUCAACAGGCUUCAAAACUGAAAUAUCUAGCUGAAUCGUUUCGUAUACCUGUAGUAGUAACUAAUCAAGUAAUCACCAGAAAUCGAAGUGAAACGGUAUUACCAAGAGAAUGUUUCCGUCCAAUAAAAAAAUCACGCGAGGAAGGGCCAGAAGUCACAGCAGCAUUAGGAAAUACAUGGGCACAUUCUGUUACUACACGUAUAAUGAUGAAUAAAUUUCACAUUAGAAAUUUAUCGAAUUUGAAGUUUACAAUAUUAAAUGAUUUAUUUCCGCCAAAUUUACAAGAAUUAACAAUUGUAAAAUCACCUAUUGCUGCAAAUAUUACAAUUUAUUAUACUAUUGAAAAUGAAGGAAUUGUGGAAUUUGUUUAUUCGGAAAACAUAGAGAAAGAGGAUAAACGACAACAAGAGGAAGAAAUUGGUCCUAUGGAAGAAACUGAUAAAAGUGACGCGGUUCCAAGUCAAUCGUUGGAUAAAAAGAAAAGAAAGUCUGAUGUUGCUGAAUGGUUUAUAUCAGCAUUGUGGGCGUAAUAUUGUAAUAAUAUAUGUAUUAUGUCACCUAUCUGUUUUUUUUUAAUAAAAUAAUGUUGAUUAAACUUUCGAUUAUAUAAAAUUUUUUGAUACUUAUCUACCUUUUUGAUUUAGUUAUAAACCAUUAAGCUAAUAAAUAAAUUGUACUUUUAAAUGUUUUAACGAAUCUGAAU